AUGGAUUGUGAUGAUAUGGAUUGUGAUGAUAUGAAUUGUGAUGAUAUGGAUUGUGAUGCUGUCGACCCUCCCUAUUUGCCAAUACAUAUUAUUGAAGAGAUUAUAGUGAGACUUCCCGUCAAAUCCCUCCUCCAAAUUAGGUGUGUCUGCAAAUCAUGGCAAGCUUUGAUAUCUGAUCCUAUAUUCGUCAAAAGACAUCUAAGAAGAGCUUCCACUAAAGAAAAAGAAGAUGAUGAUUAUGAACAAAAGAGUCUCCUUGUGAUGCCCGACUUUGCUCAUUUUAAUUUGAAGUCGUGCUCUCUGUCGUCGGUAUUGUACGAAGAAACUCUUAGUACACGUGUCCUCGAUUAUCCAUUGAAGAAUCCACGUCGCUCGAUUAGAAUAGUUGGUUCUGUUAAUGGAUUGGUUUGUAUCGUUAUUGAUAAUAAAGUUUUAGUUUUAUGGAAUCCAUCAACUGGAAAAUCAAGGAGAUUACCAAAUUGUGGUUUUAAAAAGAGUCCAGUGAGAGUUUACGGGUUAAAGAGUGAUUCAUGGAAGAAAAUUGGAGAUUUUCCAGGCAGACCAAUGCAGAAUGUAUCGAGCAUGUUUGUGAGUGGAUCACUACACUGGAUUAGUGUAACAGGACUCUUUAUGAGAAGUGUUAUUUCUCUUGAUCUAUCAAAAGAAACUUAUUCUACAAUCGUAGAGCCUUCAUAUGGAGAAGGAUAUGGGGAAGGAGAUGGAGAUGUUAUGGUUUCAAUUUUAGGGGUUUUAAGUGGAAACUUAUGUAUGCUAUCUUACAUGGAUGCGGAAUACGCUGAUUUAUGGGUGAUGAAGGAGUAUGGAAAAGUAGAAUCGUGUAAGAUUCUGGACCAUCAUAUUAGCGCACAGAUCUCAUCCAACAGCUUGGACGCUCCCACACAGCUGGAUGUAACGGAGCCACGCGCCAGCAUUGGAUCAACUAACGGGAUGGACUAA